GGAGGGGCCUUGGGCAGUUUGUGUACUUGACCCCCCAGGACAGACAGACGGCCCUGCCCUGUGGUCUGCACUCGCGAGUUUGAACUUUGUUCCCUGUGCAGGGUUUGAUCCCGUGUGUGCUGCAGGGAGAAAUGCAGCGGCCCGGGACACUGGAGCUGGUUGGAAAUCCAGGAGCCGCGGCUGGGCCGGGUGUGGGUCCGCGGGCCAGCGCCUCUGGGGUUAUGGUGUGACCAGGGCCAGGACUGCACUUGUGACUGGGCGCGAGCCGGGAUACAUGGAGCGGCUUUCAAGAUAAAGUUGUUGGGCCUGGACUUCCCACCUGCGCAUUUUCAAGCCGUCAUUGAUUCUUAUUUUUAAUGAGUCAAGUCCCGGAAAAGGAAAAAAAAAAAAAAGUUUGAAUGGAACAGCGUCACAAUGUAAAGAAAACGUACAGAUAUUAAUCUGCGGUGGGUGGGUUCUCCUAAUUUAUUGUCCUAUAAAUGGACAAGCACGUGUUCACAGGCACCAGCUAAGUUAGUCGGCUUUUGGUUACUUUUUUCCCUAUUUUUUUAAAAAAAAAUUGUAGCAAGAAAAUGACUCCGAAUUUACUUAAACACUAAUGGACUCAUAUAAAAUCAUCUUGCCAUGUCGGAAGACACGUUUUGGGAAGAAGACAUCUGGGAAUAUAAAUCUAGAAGGAAACCAAAACCAGCACGUCCAAAUAAUUGUUCCCAAAAUAUUCCAGAGUCUGUUGGAAGAACAACAGACGGAAAACACCAGUCAAAAGGAAAAGGAAACCAAAAAAGAACCAGGCAAGAUAAAGAGAAAGCCAAGGGCCACAGAGUAUGCCUCGGAGAGACGGACUGUCCGGUUUCUGUAGGUUCCAGUCAGAAUUCAAGUGGAGCAGACGAGAUUCGGCAGUCUCAAAGCAAAGAGACUACCCCAAGAAAGCACUGUAGAACUCACAAAAACAAACAAGUGUCCCCCAGGGUACGCCCAGUUUAUGAUGGAUACUGCCCAAGCUGCCAGAUGCCCUUUUCCCUGCUGCUGGGUCAGACACCCCGAUGGCAUGUUUUUGAGUGUCUGGAUUCUCCCCCAGUCUCUGACACAGAGUGUCCCGAGGGUCUUCUGUGUACCUCCACAAUUCCUUCUCAUUAUAAGAAAUACACUCACCUCCUGCUAGCUCAAAGUAGGGCCAGCAAUGAGCCUCCCAGCAGCCCCUCGCACAUGCCGGCUGGACGUUUUGCAGCAGCAAAGCCGGCCUCCUCUUGUGACCUUGGAGAAAGAUGGCCUGUGCAUCUGAAAGCUGAGAACCUAAGAGUUUUAGAUGAUUCUUUGCUGAUGAUACAGAGUCUAAAAACAUUGCCACUCUCACCUGAAGCCAUCAGAGAAUCUCCCUCUUCCACCAAUUCUCAAAUGUCACCAGUCUCACAACGUAUGGAGUCUGUUAAGAAGGACAAGCUUGUGCGAGGUGGUCUGCCUCUCCCUGAGGGUUCCUUAAACAGUCAUAGCGCCGCCUCCCAGGGUGCGAGCUUGCCAUCACCCGAAAAUGACUGUGGCUACGGUGAGAUCUCCUAUUCUCCAUUGCAGAGUGAUGAGGAGCCUCAUGACUUAGACCGAGAGCUGGACGAUUCACAGCAAGAACUGUUCUGUACCCAACGUUCUAAAGACAGCAGCCUGGAGGACGAUGGUUCUGUCCCAUUUGAAAAGUUUCAUGAUCCCUUCCCAAGGGACCCAGAGGGAGUUUGCCUGACGGCGGGAACCCUGGUACCUCAGGCUGAUUGUAGCAGGUUGUGUAAAGGCAGGGCGCUACAUGAUUCGCUUAGGCUUCUCUCCCAAACCCAGAACAGACUUUCCCAAGACGAGCCUCCAUGCACAGACGCCGGCUUUCUCCGGUUUUCACCUGCCUUAGCAGCAGGGCCUGCUGCUUCUAAUUAUCAAGCCACUAAAGCAAAACCUGGGGAGCCAGAGGAAUCCCACUCACUUGGAUCAAGUCAUCAGAAAGGGAAAAUGGAAACACCAGCUGUUGGCAAUCCAAUUUCCCUGCCGUUACGUGCCAGGGCCAUGCCAAAGCCACUUGAAAAGGAGGGAGGAGAGCUCCGGCCUUUGCAUCAGAAGCAAAGUCAACGUAGGGGACUACAGGGUGAGGGCUCGGGUGCCACCAUUGCUAACUCAGCCUGUGCCUGCGCACAGGUAGAAAAGCGGUGUAGUCCGCCUCUGGCCAAGUCUUGGAGCACAUUGGCGCCUUCCAGUCCCAAGUGCAGUGCAAGUCAGCCUUCUAAGAAAGUAAUGAAACAAAUGGAUAUAGGUGUGUUUUUUGGAUUACCCCCCAAAAGACAAGAGCCCUCACCCAGGGAAAGUGCAUCCGGAGGGCCCGGUGUCAGUCCAGUUGCUAGUCCUAACAAAAAGAGGCCCCGGCCGUGCAAGAGGAAAGCAGAGAACUCGCUCAGUGACUUAGAAUUGGAUUCCGGGGACUUGAGGGAGAGUCAGUACUCUGCAGAACAGCCAGGAGAGAGGGCCUAUGGUCGGAGAAAGAGACAUAAGAAGUCAGAUUCAUCACAGGAAGGAGUGCAUCAGAGGAGGUCCCUUCAUCCCAUUCACAGUCCAGAAUCGGGAGAAGUCAGUUUAAAUAAGAACAGAGCCUUUAUAAGGAGGACUCAUGGCAGGCCACAAAGAGGGAGCAUGCGUACUUCAGAGUCAUCCGGGGCCAGCGAAUUGAGAAGAACGUGCCCGUUUUAUAAGAGAAUCCCCGGAACCCGUUUUACCGUGGAUGCUUUCCAGUACGGUGAGGUCGAAGGCUGCACUGCCUACUUCCUCACACAUUUCCAUUCAGAUCAUUAUGCCGGCUUGUCUAAGGACUUCCAGUUGCCAAUUUACUGUAGCGAGAUAACUGGCAACUUGUUGAAGAAGAAGCUUCGUGUGCAAGAACAGCACAUCCAUCCGUUGCCGAUGGACACUGAGUGCGUAGUGGACGGCGUCGGGGUUGUUUUGCUGGACGCCAAUCACUGUCCAGGUGCGUCCAUGAUCCUUUUCCGACCUCCUAACGGUACUGCCAUACUGCACACCGGAGACUUCCGAGCGGACCCCAGCAUGGAGCGCUCUCUUCUCGCAGGCCAGAAAGUGCACACGCUCUACUUAGACACCACGUACUGCAGCCCAGGGUACACCUUCCCGUCUCAGCAGGAGGUCAUCCAGUUCGCCAUCAACGCCGCCUUUGAGGCUGUAACUCUAAACCCGCGUGCCCUUGUUGUGUGUGGCACUUACUGCAUCGGAAAGGAGAAAGUCUUCCUAGCCAUUGCUGACGUUUUGGGUUCCAAAGUGGGCAUGUCCCAAGAAAAAUAUAAAACUUUGCAGUGCCUCAGUAUACCAGAAGUCAGUUCCCUCAUAACUACAGAUAUGUGCAGCUCCUUGGUUCACCUCCUCCCAAUGGCACAAAUUAAUUUUCAGGGCUUACAGAGUCAUCUGAAGAAGUGUGGUGGGAAAUACAAUCAGAUUUUGGCUUUUCGACCUACAGGAUGGACACAUUCUAACAGCAUAACUAGCAUAGCAGAUAUCACUCCCCAGAAGAAAGGAAAUAUAUCAAUAUAUGGAAUUCCCUAUAGCGAACACAGCAGCUACCUAGAGAUGAAACGUUUUGUCCAGUGGCUAAAGCCACAGAAAAUCAUACCCACCGUGAAUGUCGGCAGCUUCAAGUCUCGGAACACAAUGGAGAAAUACUUUAGAGAGUGGAGAUUGGAAGCUGGGUACUGAUGCUGUCACGGGAGUCAGUAGUUAAUCUAAACCAAAGGAACCAUAUUUUAUGACACAGUCUCAGAACUGUGUUUCUCACUCAUUUUUUAAUACUGUGUCCGUGCUACUGAAUGCCUCCCAGAAUCCUCAGGGACGGCUGAGAGGGGUCUUCCCAGGGCCUUUAAUUCCUUUCUUCCUCUGUGAGGCACUAGUGAUCUGUAGCAACCUGAGGGGAUUCAUGGAAACCAAAAGGAUUCAUGGAAGUUGAUACUAGACCAGAAGCAUUAUCUGUGAUAUGAAUUAAAACUUUUAUAUGAUAUGUACGCUUAAAUAAAAAUUAAUAUACAAUUUA